GGAUCGAGGGUAUAAAUCAACAAUGGAUCUCCUAUCAAUCAACCAAUAGUGAAGACAAAGCCUUCAAAGAAGAGAAUGUUUAAAUUUCAUCAAAUGAAACAUAUUUCUGAAAUACUGAAUAAAAUGAGAUGCCUGCGAAAACGUUUUACAGUGUCAUUCUUGGGAGUUCUUGUCAUUUUUCUUCUAUUCAUGAAUUUGUACAUCGAAGAUAGCUAUGUUCUGGAAGGAGACAAACAACUUGUAAGGGAAACAUCCACACAUCAACUGAAUUCGGAACGCUAUGUUCAUACAUUCAAGGAUUUAUCUAAUUUCUCAGGAGCCAUAAAUGUCACCUAUCGUUAUCUAGCUGCCACAUCUUUACAAAGAAAACGGUACCUAACAAUUGGACUUUCAUCAGUGAAACGAAAAAAAGGAAACUAUUUACUUGAGACAAUCAAGUCAAUUUUUGAGCAAUCCAGCUAUGAAGAGCUGAAGGAAAUUUUAGUGGUGGUCCAUCUAGCAGACUUUAAUUCAACCUGGCGUGAUGUCAUGGUCCAGGAUAUUACACAGAAAUUUGCCCACCAUAUUAUUGCAGGAAGAUUAAUGGUUAUACAUGCUCCAGAGGAAUACUACCCAAUCCUGGAUGGCCUUAAAAGAAAUUACAAUGAUCCAGAAGAUAGAGUCAAAUUUCGUUCCAAGCAAAAUGUAGAUUAUGCUUUUCUGCUUAAUUUUUGUGCCAAUACUUCAGACUAUUAUGUAAUGCUUGAAGAUGAUGUUCGGUGUUCAAAAAAUUUCUUAACUGCCAUCAAGAAAGUCAUUGCAUCCUUAGAAGGAACUUACUGGGUUACUCUUGAGUUCUCUAAGCUAGGCUACAUUGGUAAACUCUAUCAUUCUCAUGAUCUCCCACGUUUGGCACAUUUCUUAUUAAUGUUUUAUCAAGAAAUGCCUUGCGAUUGGCUAUUGACUCAUUUUCGGGGUCUGCUCGUUCAGAAAAAUGUGAUCCGUUUUAAACCAUCUCUCUUUCAGCACAUGGGUUACUAUUCAUCAUAUAAAGGGACUGAGAAUAAACUGAAGGAUGACGAUUUUGAAGAGGAGUCAUUUGACCUCCCUGAUAACCCCCCUGCAAGUCUUUACACCAACAUGAAUGUGUUUGAAAAUUAUGAACCAAGAAAGGCUUACAGUAGUGUUGAUGAGUACUUUUGGGGAAAACCACCUUCAACAGGAGAUUUCUUUCUGAUUGUAUUUCAUAAUCCAGUUAUAAUAAAGAAAAUUAAAGUAAAUACUGGAACAGAAGAUCGGCAAAAUGACAUUUUGCAUCACGGAGCCCUAGAUGUUGGAGAAAACAUCAUGCCUACCAAACCAUGGAGAAAAUGUCUUACUUACUUAAGACUAGGAGAAUUCAAAAAUGGAAACUUUGAAAUUUCAGAUGUGAAUCAAAAAAUACCAUUUGAUAUAGAUUGUAUGAGGAUAUAUGUUACCAAAACACAAAAGGAAUGGCUGAUUAUAAGGAGCAUUAGCAUUUGGACUUCUUAG